UUUAUUGUUUUUAAUAGUUUGAGAGUAACAAAUCAGUUCGGAGAAAAGGAGGAAAAAGCAACAAAAAUGGGCGAAGAGAAGAAGAAGCACCCACGGCUAAUACUGCACGAUUUCCUUUCACUGGAAGAAUGCAAAGAAUUAGAAUUCGUACACAAAAGUAGCAGCACCGUUGGUUAUAGACCAAAUGUGUUCUCCACAACUCUUUCUCAUCUCAUUGCUACCAAUUGUCCCCAUUUUAUUAUCCCUUUUGUUCCCAUCCGUGAGAGAUUGAAAGAGAAAGUAGAGGAGUUCUUUGGCUGUGAGUUUGAGCUUUUUGUUGAAUUCACUGGUUUGAUUAGCUGGACUAGAGGAGCAAGCAUUGGAUGGCAUAGUGACGAUAAUAGGCCUUAUCUCAAACAAAGGGACUUCACGGCAGUUUGUUAUUUGAAUAGUUAUGCCAAGGAUUUCAAAGGUGGACUCUUUCACUUCCAGGAAGGAGAGCCAAGAACUGUUGUUCCCAUGGCCGGGAAUGUUGCAAUAUAUACAGCUGACAGCUGCAAUGUUCAUUCAGUUGAUGAGAUAAUUGAAGGAGAAAGACUUACCCUUACGCUAUGGUUUAGCCGUGAUAGCACCCAUGAUGAGGACGCUAAACUCAUCUCCCUUCUAUCAGAAAAGAUGUUGUAUGUUGCAAACAAUAUGCCUGUGUUAAAGCUGCCUAUUCUGGCAUCCAGCAAUAUGUACUGGUUUUCUUUAGAACCAGCAUCUGAUCAACAGUCAGGAUUUGAUAUAUGCUGUGCAAGAAUACACGUGCUUGGACUUGAUUUUUAUUCUUCUCAAGGAAAGAGCAUGUUUUCAGAUUUCUCAGAACUACUGAUGAAGUCACUACAACUGGCAUGGGAUAACGAGUUGUUUGAACAGGAAUUUGUCAACAUUUUGCAUUUACUUCAGGUGGUGCAAUUCUACUGUUGGAAAGCUCUGGAAUUGCUAAAUUCUGACCUUGAAGUAAAAACUGGCAAAGUAAUACAAUUAUCACAAUCACAAAAGGAGAACAUGAGUGCCAUGAAAUCUAUCAUUUUGGAGGACCAUCAACUGGCAGAGAUGGUCUUCAGCUGCGCUAAUUGCAACAAGGAUUGGCGACGAUCCUUUAAUUGGGCUAAAUUUUCUGCUGCAGUCACCGCAUGGGAAGAGUAUAGACUUAAAUUACAUAAAGAGUUAGUAAUGAGCUUACCAUAUUGGAGAAUACAGGGAUUUAUAUACAGUGUCCCACGUGAAGGUACUUGACAAGGAAUUUUGAGCAACUUAUUAUGUUCAUGAAGCCUCUUCAGCUGCAGCAUUGGUUGACUUGGUUGCUUGCUAGCCUUUUACCCUUUGCAUUUUUAUAUGUUUGCUCCAUGUUGGGUAGAAAAUAUAUAUAUUUUUUGGUAUAGAUUUUAUGAGAACCUGAAAGUGGGUAAAGUUGCUCUAUAUUUUAGUGGAAACACAAAGCAUCUUUGCUGCAGAUUCAUAUCA